ACAGACUAUCCACCUCCAUCCAGAAACUGGCUAACCCUUGAUAUAUGGUACACUGUGACACCCCCACCCCCUGUAAAAGACUUCAUUGACCACUAUUGUCCAGAGCUGCAGGACGCACAGGAGACAAUGGACAAUGUAUACAGAGCAGGAACACCCCCAUCAUCUCCACCAGGAACAGAAUAAGAAGGGUGGACACCCCAGUCUGAGCAAUCCCAUAAUGCACUGUGCUGCUGAGCCUGUUUAUCUAAUCUUAUCAUGUGCGAUACUGACUGCCGAGCCUGUGUAUCUAAUCUUAUCAUGUGUAAUACUGUCUGUUGAGCCAGGUAUCUAAGCUGCUGAUGUGGGAUACAGUGAUGUGUGCCAGGAGGAAGCUGGGGAUUAGCAGACAGUUACAGAGUAAACAUUCGCUGGAUCCAGGACGUCUCUGGAAUUCUUCCCUGCAGUAUUGGGGCCCCGUGGGCUCUAGCUGUGGGUCCCUCCAGGGGCCCGUCUUGUGUGGUCAAGAAGGGGUGAAUCAGGGCAGGUAUGGAGCUAAAAAUAGAUCUGGACAAAUUUGCUUAGUGACCUCAGUGAGUGACGGGGGGACUCGGCCUAUGGGGCGGGGUGGGGACGUGCACCUGCCUACAGGGGGACUCGGCCUAUGGGGCGGGGUGGGGACGUGCACCUGCCUACAGGUGGCUCUAGCACCAAAACCUAACGUCACAGGCGCAGCAGACUCCAGCCGAAUCACACAGGUGCAGGAUGGCUUCCACUAUGACAAUGACUACUACUCUCCUCAUCAUCAUCUCCUGUUCUCAUCUCUUCUAUACAAACGCACAAUCAGAUGGAAGUACAACACAACCAAUCACAACGGGUCUUCAAAAUGCAACAGUUGUAACAACACCAGACAAUGUCACAGUAACCACUGCACGCAAUGUUACAACAACAGCAGGUCAAAAUACAACAGUACUCACCACAUCCGGUCCUCAGAAUACCACAGCCAAUACAACUGGUGGUACCAGUGCUACUGUACUCACUACAACCAGUUCUCAGAAUAUCACAGCCAAUACAACUGGAAGUACUAUUAUUACUGUACUCACCACAACCAGUCCUCAUAAUACCACAGCCAAUACAACUGGAGGUACUAUUAUUACUGUACUCACCACAACCAGUCCUCAUAAUACCACAACCAAUACAACUGGAGGUACUAUUGUUACAGUACCCACCAUAACCAGUCCUCAUAAUACCACAGCCAAUACAACUGGAGGUACUAUUGUUACUGUACUUGCCACAAUCAGUCCUCAGAAUACCACAGCCAAUAUAACUGGAGGUACUAUUGUUACUGUACUCACCACAACCAGUCCUCAUAAUACCACAGCCAAUACAACUGGAGGUACCAGUGCUACUGUACUCACCACAACCAGUCCUCAUAAUACCACAGCCAAUACAACUGGUGGUACCAGUGCUACUGUACUCACCACAACCAGUCCUCAGAAUACCACAGCCAAUACAACUGGAGGAACAAUUGUUACUCUACCCACCACAACCAGUCCUCAGAAUACCACAGCCAAUACAACUGGAGGUACUAUUGUUACUAUACUCACCACAGUCAGUCCUCAGAAUACCACAGCCAAUACAACUGGAGGUACUAUUUUUACUGUACUCACCACAACUAGUCCUCAGAAUACCACAGCCAAUACAACUGGAGGCACUAUUGUUACUGUACUCACCACAGCCAGUCCUCAGAAUACCACAGCCAAUACAACUGGAGGUACUAUUGUUACUGUACCCACCACAACCAGUCCUCAGAAUACCACAGCCAAUACAACUGGAGGUACUAUUGUUACUGUACCCACCACAACCAGUCCUCAGAAUACCACAGCCAAUACAACUGUUGGUACUAUUGUUACUGUCCCCACCACAAUUAGUCCUCAGAAUACCACAGCCAAUACAACUGGAGGUACUAUUGUUACUGUGCCCACCACAACCAGUCCUCAGAAUACCACAGCCAAUACAACUGGAGGUUCUAUUGUUACUGUGCACACCACAACCAGUCCUCAGAAUACCACAGCCAAUGCAACUGGAGGUACCAGUGCUACUGUACUCACCACAACCAGUCCUCAGAAUACCACAGCCAAUACAACUGGAGGUACUAUUGUUACUGUACUUACCACAGCCAGUCCUCAGAAUACCACAGCCAAUACAACUGGAGGUACCAGUGCUACUGUACUCACCACAACUAGUCCUCAGAAUACCACAGCCAAAACAACUGGAGGUACCAUUAUUACUGUACUCACCAUAACUAGUCCUCAGAAUACCACAGCCAAUACCACUGGAGGUACCAUUAUUACAGUACUCACCACAAUUAGUCCUCAGAAUACCACACCCAAUACAACUGGAGGUACUAUUGUUACAGUAACCACAACAAGCCCAAAUACUAAAACACACCAAAAUGAAACAGGACCCACAACAAGUCCUCACAGCAACUCAACCGCAAGUGUCAAAGCCACUGAACACACCACAACGACAGCAUCUACCCAACCAGCAAUUACGAACAUCUACAUACAAAUGCAUAUUAUCAAUGUUGAUUACUCCGUCUUCCUGACUGACCCCACCACUGAACCUUUUAAGACCCUGGAGGCUAGAAUUAAACAAGCGUUCAAUGAUGUCUAUAACUGUUCCACCUGCUCCACCAAUAAGACAUAUGCUGGAGUAUUCAUUCUGACUUUCAGCCCUGGAUCUGUGAUCGCCGACACUAGAGUGGAAUUUACAGGGUCUCAAAGUGCAGCAGAGGCCCAAACAAUCCUAGAUAAUGCGCUGUCCAAAAACGAAAACACGAUCAGUGGACUCCAAGUAGGCAGUUCACAAGUCAGUUCCUCUCCAAUAUCAUCAAGUGCCACCCCAUCAUCCACAGUCCCUGGGUGGGGAAUCGCUCUUCUGGUUCUUGCUGCUGUCAUCCUGCUGGUUGCCAUUGUUUUCCUUUUGAUCAUGUCGGUCAUGCUAUGCAGAAGAAGGUCUCGAGGGUACAUGGAUGUUUUUGCGACACGUGGCUCCUACCACUCCAUGAAUGACUAUACAUCCUACCAAACACAUGGACGUUAUGUGGCCCCAGCCAAACUUGAGGUAAGUUCUAGCAAAAAAAAAAAAUAGGAUGGUGGGAGCUACCCUUUAAUUUUAUUGGAAUGAGACAGUAGAGAAUUAAACAGACUUCCAAAAAUGAUGUAGAACCAGACCAGAUGCAGAUGUUGUGGUUCUAUCUGUGAAGGAGUCUAUUGUCAAGUAAAUUGUGGCUCAGUGAAUAGAGGUGGCUCUUCUCAGGGCCGGUGGUUGCAUGUAUAGAGGUGGCUCCGUUCAGGGCCAGUGGUUCCAUGUAUAGAGGUGGCUCCUCUCAGGGCCAGUGGUUCCAUGUAUAGAGGUGGCUCCUCUCAGGGCCAGUGGUUCCAUGUAUAGAGGUGGCUCCUCUCAGGGCCAGUGGUUCCAUGUAUAGAGGUGGCUCCUCUCAGGGCCAGUGGUUCCAUGUAUAGAGGUGGCUCCUCCCAGGGUCAGUAGUUUCAUGUUUAGAGGUGGCUCUUCUCCUCUGAUACUG